AUGGUGUCUUUUAAAUCUCUGGCUGCCAUUCUUGGCCUGACUGCCACCGCUGCAGCCUCCAUCCCCAGCACUCUGAACGUCACCGUCAUCGGCGCCCAAAACAACCAAUCCACCCUCGAAUGCUGGUCCCUCAAGCCAGGCUUUAUCCCAUCUACCCAAGCAGGCACUGCUGGCACGGGUGCUGUCUCUCUCGGCGCUGUAACCGGCAAUGCCUCAUACUCUCUUCUCCCCGCCCGCUUCGAUGGCGGCAGACACAAUGCCCCCGCCGUACAGUGGGUUAUUUUCCUCUCUGGAUUAGCACACAUCACCCUUCCUCACUCCAAGGAUGAGGCGUGGAUCACCGGCGGCAAGUACGGUGCGAUUCUGGCGCUGGAUACGGCCGCUGUCAGUGGUGAUGGUCAUUACACCAAGUAUCCCACCGAUCAGGAGACGAUUGCGCUCCAGGUGCAGUUGAAGGAUAACAAGGUGCCUGGGCAUAAGGUUCUUCACCAGGGAGCUUGCAAUGUUACUGAGUUGGAUUUGUAG